AUGGCAGGCACGAACUUGCCAGAUGAAGACAACGUUGGUGACGAGAAAACUGAAGCUUGUGCUGGCCUACUGAAAAAGAAAGGGAAGAGAUCCAACAGGUGGUCACCAGUAUUUGCUAAAAUCGAAUCUAACCAGUUUAAGUACGGAAAUUCAGAGCAGGAUCUCAUAAAGUCACUUCCUUUAGCCGGAGCAAUGAUUGAAGAUGGUGAGGAACAUGGCUGUAAAAAUAGUUUCAGCAUUAGACCUACUCAAUGCAAGAGGACGUUUUAUUUUUUGGCAAACACAACAGAAGAGCACAGCAAAUGGUUGCAGGCAAUAUGUCUUGCUAAGUUUUCAAAUGCUCCCAAUGUUGACAAGUCUGAAGCUUGCACCAUCCAAUGA